CUUUCAUUCAGUUGUGGAUGAGGUAAUUAGAUUCGUGGUAGAGUGGCAACAAACCUGCCUAAAAGGUUUACCAAGCAAAUAAUUUUGAAAUACGACAUGAAGUGUCCGAAUUGAUUUGCUCGCAUGUCAAAUUUUCAAACACGAAAACUGAGUGGUGUCAGAACCGAGUAGUACUCCCUGACGACUAUUUGCAUAGACCAAUUCGAUCACUGAAAUACGAGACAUCAUCUGUGGUGACUGCAUUCAAGGAAAGAAGGAAUCUGAGCCAAAAUGGACAAUUCAAGCACGCCGACUUCUUUGCCAUUGACAGCGUGUUACCAUCUUCGCCCGUUGGUGAUUAAUACCGUGCGUUAUGAACCAGACAACAAAACGACUUCUGUGACCGUAUUUACUUGUGUAUUUAUGGCAUUGGCAUGUCCCUGUGCAAUUGUUGCAAAUGUCAUGGUGUUCCUUGGCGUUUUAAGAAAACCGGAGUUACGAAACGUUUACAAUACUUCAAUUUUGUUCCUCGCUACCUCGGAUUUGGUAACAGGGUUGGUAACGCAUCCUUCGUUCAUUGCAUAUCAUGGAAGCAAGUUGACGACUCCCAUGCAAGAUUUCUCCUGUAUCGCUUUGGUCAUGUAUACGUACACAAAUUUUAUGUUCACUGGCCUGUCUGUGAUAACAAUAAUUCUUAUCACAUUAGAAAGAUAUCUCGCCAUAUUUCACCCUUAUAAAUAUCAAGCCUUCGUUACAAAGCGUCGCAUCGCUAUAACAAUUUCCCUCGUUUGGGUCGUAUGGGUCGCGUUUAUAACUUUUGUGCGAUUUUCUCCGGAAGCGCGCUCGGGUACACUUGGUGUUAUAGCUGCAAUCCUCCUUAUUCCAUGUAUUUUACUAACAGUUUUUGUGUACUGUAAAGUUUACUGCCUGACUCGACGGAUUCGUGUAUCAAUAGGCCAUGAGUUAACAACGCAAAGAAAUACCGCAGACAUUCAAGAGACGAAGUCGUCAAGGACAGUUGCUUACUUAGCUGGCGCAGUUGUGAUUUGUUUCUUGCCGACAAUUGCGGUCGUAAUAAUUCAGGAAUCAAAAGCAAUUGAUGCGAAUUAUUUCUUUCACUUGCUGUAUCCGCUCACUGAAUCGGCCGUGCUGCUAACGCCCGUGUUCGACCCCAUUAUUUACAUGCUCCGAAGUAGCAAAUUAAAAGCUAGUCUGCGCGAGUUGAUACGCGAUCGAGUGCUAUAUACACAGUCGGCCAACAGAACAAGAGCGACAACAGGACCAACUGUAUCAACAGGAUUAGAAAUGGAGUUGACAGCACAGUCAUAAGACAUGACGCGGUAUAUGUUUAAUCAGGGACACAAAAUGUUUUUAAAGCAAGAGGAGAAGUGUAUGUUAUUUUACUUCCUUGGAGUGUUUCU